ACCGACCCUUUCCUUUUCCAAUUCGGAGUCUGAGCUUCUUACUCUGAAAUCUGUGUGGGUCUUGCGUUUCAUAAGGGAUUUCCAAUUGCACUCGCUUCGCUUAGAUCACUCUUAGUUUCUGCGUUAUAUCCGUCUCUUUCUGGGUUUUGCGCUUCAGAAUUGCAGCUAUGGGUUGCGAUUCUAAAAGAAGGCGUAGAGAGGAUGUGGGUGACACAACGAUUUCAUCAUCCAAGAAGCAAAAGCUGAUGCCGAUGACAGGUUUGGAGCAGACCCAAAAGCUUCUUUGUUGCGGGAUCUUGCAGGAGCUAAUUGAUCACCGUCAUGGCUCUGUGGCUGUUCGAAUCCCUGAUUCUCAGGAGGUUCGAAGGCCUAUGGAUCUGUCCACCGUCAAAUCCAAGUUGGAGAGAGACAACUACUCCAGUAUUGAUGCCUUUGUGGCCGAUGUCAAGCUUACCUUCCAAAACGCGUUGUGGUAUUACUCUCUUGGAGAAAAACAGCGUGCAAUGGCCAAGAAUCUUGGUAAGGUUUUUGAGGCUAAGUGGAAAUUACGGUUUCCUGAAACUAGGUCUUCAACCUUGAAAGCUUCUUGUUGUGCUAGUUUGGAUAGGUCUGUGUCUGCUAUUAGUCCUGUGAGUCCAUUAAGUCUUCAACAACUCAACAACAACAACAACAAAAGAGGGGCCAAGAGGUCAUCCAGAAACCUUGACGAACAGAAGGGUUCUGCUUCUGCUAUCACUUGUGAUAAGGAACACCGAAUCAAGCGCGGCCUUGACGAAGAGAAGGGUUCUGCUUCUGCUAUCACUUGUGCAGUACUGGAUAAAGAUAAGGAACACCGAAUCAAGCGCGGCCUUGACCAAGAGAAGGGUUCUGCUUCUGCUAUCACUUGUGCAGUGAAUAAAUAUAAGGAGCUCCGAAUCAAACGGCUAAGGGAACAGGCUCGUAAGGAAAUUUUGAGGGUUGAAGAGGCUGCUCGAUUGAAAGUCGAGAAUCCUUUACAAGAUCUUCAACAACUCAACUUGUUGUGCAGUGGUGGCAUCAAACAGGAUUCUUGUUACAGGGUGUAUCGUUGGUUGACACUUGACAAGUUGGGCAUCUAUUUGAAGAGGGAUGAACUUGAACAUGUUUAUGAAGAGGAUGAAUUUCGCAUUGGAGAUUGGGAAGAAGAUGGAGAACAGAGUCCACAAACAACGAAAUAUUACAUCCACAUAUGGUGGCAUAUCAUCAUCAUCAAGUACAUACUGCUACGUAGCAAAAUUUAUUCUAUGUACAAAAAUUCAUGUAAUGGUGACAGAAACUUUGACUGUUAUCAAAAUGAGAUUUCUGCUUUUUGCUCCCUUUGACUGUUAUCAAAAUGAGUGCUGAAAAUCUGUGUAUGAUCUGUUAAUCUUUCAAUUGCAUAUUGGGCUGGAUAUUCU